AAAUUAGCAAUAUGUGACAGAGAGAAAUACUUAAACAAGGGGAAAAGACCUGUUUCAGUUGCCGAGAAAGCUGCAACAAAUAAGCAAAAAGUUUCAGGUGCUUCAACAAACCGAAUACGCAGACAAUCAGUAGAAACUCCCGUUGCAUUCUUUGCAAAGAGAAAUGCCCAUCUUCAACAUGCCAGUGCUCACCAAACCGUUAUCUUUGACGCCAUCGUAACUAAUUUAGGAAAUGCAUACAACAGCAGUGCUGGUGUUUUCGUAGCCCCGGUGGCUGGAACAUACGUUUUUUCCACAACUCUGAUCUCUAUCAAUUUCCAAAGUGCGCAUGCGCAGUUCGCUGUGAAUGGAGCAGGUAUACCAAAUAUGUACGUUAGCCAAGGAGAUGCUACGACUGGGGAUGACACAACAAGUCAAACUAUUGUCCUUCAGCUACAGAAGGGUGAUGACGUAUCUGUCCAAAACAAAGAUCCUGACAGGGGUUUCCACGGUACAAAUCAUAGCAUAUUUUCUGGCUUUUUACUGUAUGAAGAUUUCUCUAGCCCCGCUGUAGUUGGAAAAUAAAUAUUGCAGAAAUA